AUGCGGAAGAAUAUGCGGAAGUUAAUAUCCAACAUGGCUGCAAACAGAGUACAAAUGUAAGUAGAAGCUGGGUUGUGAAGCUGCUCUCUCGUAGCCCAUGGCAACAGAGGAGGCCGUGAGUGUCAGCAGGGCUUCGGCCUGUCUGUGUGUCCUCUGCGGGCUACCCGCUGCUGGGAAGUCUACCCUGGCCCGCCGGAUUCUCAGUACCGCCGCACAGCACGGAUGGAGAGCCACUGUGGUGCCAUACGAUGACCUGAUCCCAGAGCAAGCUUUUCGGACCAAAGUGGUCGAGGAUGGUGUUAACCUACAAGAAAUGCACACUGAAUGGAAGUCACACAGACAAGCAGUGUUGUACUGUAUUGAGCAGUUCUUGGAGAAGUCAGAAAUACUGCCAGAGGCACCGAGCAGCUCUGGGAUCAGCAUUGCUGCCUGGGAGCAGUGCACUCAAGCUCUGAUGGGGCCUAAAGGUCUGAAGCCACCUCUCGUCUUUCUACUGGAUGACAACUUCUACUAUCCAAGUAUGAGAUAUGAAGUUUGUCAGCUUGCAAGGAAGUAUUCGCUGGGUUUCUGCCAGGUCUACCUACAGUGUGAUUUAGAAUCAUGCAUCAGCAGAAACCAGAGCAGGUCUCAGCCAGUUCCCACUGAGGUGAUACUGGAGAUGGUGAAGCGGUUGGAGUCUCCAAAUCCUCAGAAGAACUCAUGGGAGAUUAACAGCAUUACUCUUAACAGCACAGGAACUGUGUCCAAAUCUGACAUCCAGAGGGUGAUGGAAUUGAUCUCCUCUGCACUAAGUAACCCACUAAGCAUGGGGGAAGAUAACAAAGAACAAAAGGAAACUGAUCGUCUGAAAUGUGCCAAUAGUGUUGUCCACCAGGCUGACCAGGCCUGUCGACGCCUCAUCUCCGAAGCCAUGAAAACUGCCAGAGAGAACCAAGUACCUCCUGAACGCAUGAGGUCUUUGGCUGCUCAGCUGAGUGAAUCCAAAGCAACGUUCCUUCAUAACCUGCGGAAACAUUUUCUGAAUGACGUGCCAUUUAUCCAAGAAGAGGAAAUCGACGUAGAGCACGCAGUGAAGAGAGCAGCUGAAAUUUUUAAUGAUGACUUGAAAGAAAUCUUGUCUAGAAUCAUAAAUGACAAAUAAGCUUGACUGAAUAUCCAAUGUACUAUUUUAUUAAAUGUAAUAAUUGAAAAUGCUUUUUAAAAAUUAUUUUUCUGCUACUAAGUGAAACACUCGUAAAUGGUUGUAAUUUAAUAACUUGGUAAUUACAACUGUGAAUGAAAUGUUUAUUUUUUUAAAUAAAUUCUCCUCAACUGAUUUCACAUGUCUACGUGACUUCUCUCCUGAUAUGGU